UGAUGAUGAUGAUGAUGGGUAAAGGUUUUUGCCCUACGCAAUUUUUUUUAACCUUUUCCAAUUCAUACAGGAUACAAAAGAUUACACGAGACGCUGCAGACUUUUGGAGUACUUCUCAGAAACUAACCCUUCUCCUUCUUCCGUUAUACCACCUAAAUUAUAUGUUCAGAGUAAUUGGACUCCUCCUCCAGGACGUAAUGCUGCCCUUGACCUUUACUGUGAUAACAUAGAAAAAUCAGCGCUCCAUAGCAGAAACACUUGCAGACAACCUUCUAAAAGAGACAAUUUAUCCCGUGCAGAAAGGUCGGCCCUUUGUGAACUCAUUGAUAACACUAAUCUUACUAUCCGUGAAGCUGACAAGGGAGGCUCCAUUGUGGUCAUGGACACCACUGACUACAACAACACCAUCUCGUCUAUGUUGAAUAACCCUUCUCUCUAUAAACCCCUCAGCUCCGACCCCACUUCCUCUCACCUUAGCGCCAUUCAGGACCAAAUCCGCCAUCUUGAAUACCUCAACGUAAUAUCCCCCGGAUUUGUCUAAGUGUAUUCUUCACGGGGAUGUGUCGUGCCCCUACUUUUAUGGCCUACCUAAAAUCCACAAGUUAGCAAACAACAAUUCUAAACUCCCUCCAUUUAGAGGCAUUAUUUCCCAAAUAAAUGGUCCUACUGUCAGAGCUUCCUAUUGGUUGGACAGCAUUUUCAAACCCCUUGUCCCUGAUUUUUGUGGUAACCACUGGGUGAAAGAUAAUCUCCACGUUCUCAAAAAAAUAGAAACUAUUAAUUCUGAAAACAUCCUCACUCCUGAAACUAACUUUUUGGCCAUAGACGUUGUCAACAUGUACAACAACAUUCCACACCAAGAAGGUAUUGAGGCGUGCCGCUCAGCCCUCAGAAGUCUUGCACCCUACAACACACGCCAAACUUUAGAAAUUUGCAAACUGUUGAAAUUAGUCCUCACCCUCAAUAAUUUUUCAUUCAACAAUCAAAAUUUUCUCCAGCUGACUGGCACAGCGAUGGGUACCCCAGUAGCCCCCUCUUAUGCCAACAUUUUUAUGGCUGAAUUUUGGCGCAAAUACGUCUCCCCUCUUCCCAACCAACCAGUUGUACUUAUGCGUUACAUGGAUGACAUUAUCGCCUUGCACAAUGGUUGCUCUGAAACAACCCAACAAUUUCUCACUGAUCUGAACAAGGUGCACCACUACAUCAAAUUUACUUAUUCCAGCCCAGAUAAGUCCACUUCUUUCCUGGACAUGUCCCUUCUCAUUGCAGAUAACCAAAUUGAAACAGACCUGUACCAAAAACCUACCGACUCUAAUCGUUACCUCCCACCUUCUUCAAACCAUCCUAAACAUAUAUUCCGUUCUGUGGUCUAUAGUGGUGCCCUUAGACUACGUCGCAUUUGCUCCCGUGAAAAUUCUUUUAAACAACGGAUAGAGGAAUUCACAGUCAACCUUCUUCACAGUGGGUACCAAAAAGAUUUUAUAACGCCCAUUAUCGAGAAAGUCAGCAAAUUGAACCGCACAACCCUCCUGACCUACAAACCCCUAAAGCCAAAACAGAAAAGACCAUUUUUCGUCACUACUCAUCACCAAAAACUACCUAAGGUACAUAAAAUCCACAGCCAACACAAAAGCAUCUUGGAAAAAUCA